CAAACAUGGCAGGCAAAGCAGGGAAACAGAACCGCUCUCGGAAGCCCGGAGCGGAUCAGGAUGAAGAGGAGCAGCCGCUGCAGGCGGUUCUCAUCGCGGACAGCUUCAACCGCAGGUUCUUCCCCAUCACUAAAGACCAACCGCGGGCUCUUCUCCCACUGGCAAAUGUCUCCAUGAUCGACUACACACUAGAGUUUCUGACCUCUACUGGAGUGCAAGAGACGUUUGUUUUCUGUUGCUGGAUGUCCAACAAAAUCAAGGAGUACUUACAAAAGUCAAAAUGGUGUCGCCCCUCUUCCCCAAACACAGUGCACAUCAUCACGUCGGACCUGUACCGUUCCCUCGGGGAUGUAUUGAGGGACGUGGAUGCCAAGGGUCUGGUCCGCUCAGACUUUCUGUUGGUAUAUGGAGAUGUGGUGUCCAACAUUGAUGUUUCCCAGGCCUUACAGGAGCACAGGCAACGCCGCAAAAUGGAGAAAAAUAUCUCGGUGAUGACUAUGAUCUUCAAAAAGUCCUCGCCCGGCCACAAGACUCGCUGUGAUGAAGAUGACGUCAUUGUAGCCAUGGACAACAAGAACAAACGUGUCCUUCAUUAUCAGAGAGCACAGGGGCUAAAGAGACUACAGUUCCCUAUGAAUAUUUUCCAUAGUGGAAGUGAUGAAUUUGAAAUCAGGUAUGAUCUACUGGAUUGUCAUAUCAGCAUCUGUUCUCCACAGGUUGCUGAACUUUUCACUGACAACUUUGACUACCAGACAAGAAACGACUUUGUCCGUGGGAUUUUAGUCAGUGAGGAGAUCCUGGGAAACCAGAUCCACAUGCACGUCACUAAAGAUGGAUAUGGGGCUCGGGUGUCUAACCUCCUCAUGUACGACUCCAUCUCUUCUGACAUGAUUCGCCGCUGGAUCUAUCCAAUCACUCCUGAAGCUAACUUUGCAGACCAUGAAGGCCAGAGCUGUACACACUCUCGACACAAUGUGUACCGUAAGCUGGGGGUCAGUCUGGGUCUUGGCAGCCAGAUGGAGGAGAACGUGCUCAUUGGUCAAAACACAACGAUUGGAGCAAACUGCACCAUAUCCAACACUGUGAUCGGUGCAAACUGUGUCAUCGGGGACAAUGUGGUUCUGGACAGAGCAUAUAUAUGGAACAGAGUCCAUAUUGCCAACAAUGUGAAGGUCCAGCAGUCCGUAAUCUGUGACGGUGUGGAAGUGAAACAGGGAGUCACCCUCAAUGAGCAGUGUGUGCUCGCUUACAAUGUCGUGGUUGGUCCAGAUAUCACACUUCCUGGAGGCACAGUUCUGUCCAUGCACCAUCCAGAUGAAGAAGAUGAGGAGGAUGAUGAUGAGUUCUUGAUUGAUGACAAUGAUGUUGCCCACAAUGAAGACAAAAUUAGACAGAAAGUAUUUAAUCCAGCAGAGGUGGGCACAGAGGGCAAAGGAUGCAGAUGGAAAACCAACAGCCUUGAUGUAACUGAAGAAGACAAAUUUGCGAAAUGUAUUUGGGGCCUAGUGUUGAAUCCAGAUCCAGAGAGUGACAGUGAGAGUGAGGUCAGCGAAGGGUCACAUGACACUGGAAGCCGUACGGCAUCACCUGAACUUGAUGAUGUUAAAGUGUUUCAAAAUGAGGUUCAUGGAACAUUACAGAGAGGUUUGGAUGAGCACAUCAGCUGUGACAAUCUGGUUCUUGAGAUUAACUCUCUCAAGUAUGCAUACAACAUUACUCUGAAGGAGAUCAUGCAGAUCUUGACCACAGUUGUGCUUGAGUUUCCUUUUCACCAACAGGGAGCUCAGAUCACCACAGCCCAGUUUUCAUCACAUAUGCUGCCUUUGUUGAAGAAGUGGGCACCGGUCUUUAAGAACUAUGUGAAGAGAGCUCAAGACCACAUGGACUGUCUGGCCUCUCUGGAGGAGGUCUUUCUGGAGCGCGACACUCAUUGGGCAGCAUUAGUCAAAGUGCUGAUAAACAUGUACCAGCUGGAGAUUCUGGAUGAGGAUGCCAUCAUGCGCUGGUUCUCUCAGGGUGACACUACAGACAAGAGCCACCAACUCCGUAAGCAUCAAGGGCUCCUGAAGUUCAUUCAGUGGUUGAAGGAGGCUGAAGAGUCUUCAGAAGGAGAUGAAUGAAAAUGAACCUUCAUCAGGAUCUGAUAUUGACUCAUAAACCCAUCCGAUGGUCAUUCUGACACUUUACAAACCUAAUAAAACACGCUUUGAAGCAUGCCAUGUUCUACCAAAGCUGCCUUGACUUAUAGAAAGUUAAUUUUCUCUUGGUUUCAUAAAUUGACCAGCUGGAUGGCUAAGUGAAACUAGCAUUGAUACAUAGAUUUCUGAUUCUUAUGAUUUGAUGUAAAUGUUGUAAUGCUUAUUUAAAGACAUGUAUUGUAAAACAAUGUUUAAAGACAUCAAUAAUGAAUAAACUUAUAUACAAAAAGUGUGUAAACACUGCGAUUGACCAUUUUUGGGGGUUCAGGAUUGUACAGUAUCACUAGUGCAUCAUUUGAAUGAAAGUUCCCAUAAAUAAUGAACAAUUUAAUAUUGUAAGAGAAGCGAAUUUUAAGACCUCUUGAAUCAGUGAAUCACUUAGCUUCUUUCUUAAAGGAAUAAUUCACCCAAAAAUUAAAAUUCAUCAUUUACUCACCCUUGUGCCAUCCCGG